AUGUUUUCUUCCGAUGAAGAAAUUUCGUUAGAGCCAACUGUCCGUUAUAGUUCAUCGUGGAAUCCGACAUCAUCAGGUAACUUCCGAGAAUAUUCAUCAAAUGAAGAUAUAAUGAUUCCAUCAACAUCAUCUCUUUCAAAUGAUUCUUGCAACACUGCCACUGCAUUUAACAAACAGUCACAAGCAUUUUCUCGAAUUCCGAGGAAAAAGUCAUCAUCAUUUGUUGAGGAAGCCGAGAAACUGCCAAAAGUCGUCCUUAAAAGUCCAAAAAAGUCGACGUCCAAAAAGGAAGAUAUGAUUGUCUAUCAAAGUAACAUCGACUGUAUUCGAAAGGGAGAAACCACCGACGGAAAUCAGUACCGCGCGUGUUUCUACAAAUUCAACGCCACCGUCAACGCGAAUCCAAACAAGUUCUGUGAUGCGACUGAAUCAUUCAUCGGAUGCAUUGGAGACUUCUUCACUCAGGAAUGUAAUCCAUAUGUCGGAUGGAUGCAGUGCGAGUUGGAGAGAAUCGGUUUCGCCUAUGAUUGCUAUGGAUUGAAAUGUUAA